AUGCAUCUGAUUUCGCGGUUGGCGCUUGUGGCGCCGCUGGCAGCACUGCCUUUCAUUCCGUCCGUUGGUGCCGCAACCAUCCCGCAGUAUGUAUACGACUACGCACCUCUUAUCUGGUUACAUAGCCAGGAUCCAUAUCGGCCUAGCGAUCUACAACAACAAGUAGACCAUACCACCCCGCAGGUGAACUGGACGACUAUCGCGAGCGCGCCGUUGCCUCUGACGCUGGAUAAUCUCGACCAACUUAAUGACCUGGGAAACACGAGUGUUUAUCUUACCUCGCACGAAGGUAUCGAUGCGAGUCCGGAACCGGCUUGGUUUAGAGGUAUCACUCCGGAUAAGCAGGGACGUUUGACGAAUGGAUCUGGGAGUGUUAUUGUCUUGGUAGAUCAUGGCAGUGGAAACGUCGAUGCGUUCUACUUUUACUUCUACGCAUAUAACAAGGGCGAUAAGGUACUUGGCUUGGAAUUUGGUGAUCAUAUGGGUGAUUGGGAACACAAUAUGAUCCGCUUCUCCAACGGCGCCCCACAGGCUAUAUGGUACAGCCAACACGCCAGUGGCCAGGCGUUCACCUACAGUGCAGUGGAGAAAAAGGGAAUCCGGCCAUACGCAUACUCUGGAAAUGGCACACACGCUAACUAUGUUAUUGCCGGAAAACACGACCACACAAUUCCCGGCGUCAACCUCCCUAAUGGUUUCCUCGUGGACUACGCAGACCGUGGUCUUGAGUGGGACCCUGUUUUCAAUGCAUACUCGUACACUUAUAACACGACGACCCUCAGCUUUGAAGCAGCUAGCCCUGGGGCCCCGUUGGGAUUGGUGAACUUCAAUGGGAAAUGGGGAGACGACCAGCCGCCGGGGGAGCCGUCGAUCUUUGGCGAGGCGAAGUAUGUCGCUGGGCCGAAUGGGCCAAAGUUUAAGACGUUGGAUCGGAAGCAUGUGUGUCCGUCGACUCCUUGUAUUGUUCUUCCGUUUAAAAUCUGGGUGGGGAAGGAGUGA